AGAGGCAGAAGACCCUACACUCAUCGUGGCGUAUUCACCAAAGACCUGUCUCGAUUGAUGUAUGCGUUUGGGGACAAUGCCUUUCCCGAUCCGUCCAGCGUGUCGGUCAUGGAAGAGCUGCUUGUAGAUUUCAUCACGGAUCUAUGUCACCGUGCUCGACCCUCACCAUUCUCCGUCGCUCGAGGAGCCAUGCCGGUCGUGGAAGACGUCAAGAUGGCUCUUCGCAAGGAGCCCAAAAAAUUGGCCAGGGUGGAGGAAUUGAUAUUUUUGGACAAGGUCAUCAGCGAUGCUAGAAAGAUGCUC